AUGGAUUACCAGACGGCAUCUUCAGCCACAGCGAGUGCCCCUCCUCCACCUUCCGGUGCCGUCGAUCCGCACCAGUACUGCGGUGACGAUGCGUCGACGGUCACACGAUCCGUUCCCUAUCACUUACCAGUGCAGGAUGUCUCGUCGGCCGGUUCUUACUAUUAUCCUCCACAACCUACCGAUAUGUGGAACAUUGGACAUUUUCCAUGCAACUUUCAACCGACUGCAGUACCUUCUCCUUCACAGAUUCAUCCGCGGCAUCUUUUUUAUGGUCAACAAGGUCUCGCACACUGCGGAAUGGAUCAGUUCUACAAUGUUUCGGCCUCGUCUUCAUUCCUUGGUAGUGACUUCAAUGGAUCAGCGGCUCCAUACUCCUCGCUCAUUCAGCCCAUGGUUCAUUCUGCUCCUCUACAAUUAGCGAUUGGUGACACUCCUCAACCGCUGACAAGUGAGCGAAUGGCACAGUACUUAUGUAACAGGGACCAGUAUGACUGCGUCAUUACGAUCUUUCAUGCGAAAGUCGCUCAGAAGUCGUACGGUAAUGAGAAAAGGUUCUUCUGUCCACCUCCAUGUAUCUAUUUGUUAGGUGAAGGAUGGAAAGAAAAGCGCAAUCGAGUGGAGACCCUGUACAAGUCCUUCAAAGAGCAUCAGAAGCGAAUGGGUGUCGCCCCGGAACUCGGUCCGGAACAUGAACGUAUUUCUGAGCAACAAGCCAGCGAGUUGUGCGCAUUCAUCGGUAUCGGUGCUCCGUCUGAUCAAGAAAGACAACAACUCGACUUCUCGAAUGGAAAAGAUUACUGUGCUGCAAAGACGCUCUACAUCAGUGAUUCAGACAAACGAAAGUAUUUUGAGCUAUCAAUUCAGUUUUUUUAUGGCUGCGGUGUUGAAAUAGGACUAUUCCUUUCGCAACGAAUCAAAGUAAUCAGCAAACCAUCAAAGAAGAAACAGAGUAUGAAGAACACAGAUUGUAAAUACCUAUGUAUUGCUUCAGGAACUAAAGUGGCGCUCUUCAAUCGCCUUCGCUCUCAGACUGUCAGCACUCGUUAUCUACAUGUGGACAAUGGAGCGUUCCAUGCGAGCUCAACUAAAUGGGGAGCGUUUACUAUUCAUUUAUUCGACGACGAACCAACAGCUCCUGAGUCGGAAAAUUUCACGGUGAAAGACGGCUUCGUGUAUUAUGGAUCGGUUGUAAAACUAGUUGAUAGCGUGACUGGUAUAGCGUUGCCACGUCUCAAAAUACGAAAGGUGGAUAAGCAGCACGUUAUCCUUGACGCCACAACAAACGAGGAGCCAGUGUCGCAACUGCACAAAUGUGCCUUCCAGAUGAUCGACAACGAAACUGUUUAUUUGUGUCUCAGNUAUGGAUCGGUUGUAAAACUAGUUGAUAGCGUGACUGGUAUAGCGUUGCCACGUCUCAAAAUACGAAAGGUGGAUAAGCAGCACGUUAUCCUUGACGCCACAACAAACGAGGAGCCAGUGUCGCAACUGCACAAAUGUGCCUUCCAGAUGAUCGACAACGAAACUGUUUAUUUGUGUCUCAGCCACGACAAGAUCAUUCAACAUCAGGCAACUCCAAUCGACGCAACCCACCACCAAAUCAGUGACGGUGCUGCGUGGACGAUUAUUUCUACGGAUAAGGCUGAAUAUCGUUUCUUCGAAGCAAUGGGUCCUGUAUCGCAGCCGAUAACCCCGGUUCCAGUGGUUAAUGGUUUGGAUAUAACAGGAAGUGAUAAUAUGGCUCGUAUAGAGCUAACUGGCUACAAUAUGAAACCAAAUUUGAAGAUUUGGUUCGGCACGACUCCGGUGGAAACUAUUUAUAGGUCUGAUGAAUCGCUCACUUGCCAGGUUCCAGCUCAUUCAGUGAUAAAGAGUGAGGCCAUCGGAUGGGAUUACGGUGGCGAGGAAUCGGAGGUGCCGAUUACACUCGUUCGAGACGAUGGGGUUAUCUAUUCGACGCCAAUGAUGUUCUCCUACAAAUCCCUCAAAGUUCAACAACGACCGCCUCGUUAUGGAGAGUCGUUCAACUAA